AUGACAACAUCGAACAAAGCAACUGAUCAGUACAAUGAUAAAAGAUCUUAUGUUGCUAAAGAUCUUAUCUGGAAAGAUCAUAUAUCAAAAAUUGAAACAGCACAAAGAUUUUAUGAUAAACGAUGGGGUUUUCUUAAUGAAACACAACCUCCAACUUUGUCAUACAAUCCCAAACAAUCAUCAGGAAGUUUACUUUCAAAUGUUCGUUCUCCUGUAACAGUCAAUGAUACAUCACAUCAUGAAGAUGUAAAAGUUAGUCCAUCUCCAAGACCAAUUCCAUCAACAACAAAUAAAUUAAUUGGUUGGCGAACAGCAGAUAAAAAUUAUAAAUUAAUUUAUUCAUCAAAUAAACUCGUGUAG